CUCAGACAGUCAGCAGCUGCUCGCUUUCAGGGAGAGGAGAUGUCCGGCUUCGGCUUGCUGUCUGGGUUCUGGACUCUGGGUCUGCUGUGGACGGCCGGCCGGGCCGUGAUCCCGAGGGACCAGGUGGAACCGGGUCCGGUCAGCCUGAAUGAAAUGUUCCGGGAGGUGGAGGAGCUGAUGGAGGACACGCAGCACAUACUGGAUGAGGCGGUGGACCAGAUAACUACAGAGAAUGAAAAACACUCUUCGUCUUCACUGGAUCUGCCCCUGAGCUACCACAACCAGACGAUGGAGAGCAGAGACGGACUGACUCGGGUCCUGGACAGAACAGACAAGGAAACAAACAACAGGACAGGAGAGACUCGUCUGUCCCACGUCCACAUGGAGGUCUCCGGUCACUGGAACAGCGUGGACCACGAAUGCAUGGUGGACGAGGACUGUGGGGACCUGAACUACUGCCUGUAUGAGAUGGAGAGCUCCAAGUGCCUCCCCUGCAUACCAACAGAUAUGCCGUGCGCGAAGGACGAGGAGUGCUGCUCAGAUCAGAUGUGUGUUUGGGGCCAGUGUAGCGUGAACGCCACCAGAGGAACCGAGGGGACGAUCUGUCAGGGUCAGGGCGACUGCAGGCCGGACCUCUGCUGCGCUUUCCAACGUGAGUUUCUGUUUCCGGUCUGUAACCCCAAACCUGUGAAGGGGGACCCCUGUCUGAGCCACCCUAACUUACUGAUGGACAUGCUGGCCUGGGAUCAGGAGGGUCCUCGGGAUCACUGUCCGUGUGCCGACAACCUUCGUUGUCAACCUCACGGUCGUGGAUCCGUGUGUGGAGAUUAACCGGCGGAGACGAGCUGAACCGACCCAGUGACUCGACGUCAACACAACUGUUGCACUCGUUGUAUUAUUUAUGCCUUAUUAAAAGUGUGUAUUAUAAAACAAAAAGUGAAAUAAAACACGAAUGUUCUGUUUUUGAUUGUG